UAUUGCUGGAUAGGGCGGUGGGUCCGGUGAUAUGGUGGGGUGAACGUCGGUGGCUGGUUGAGUGGUCGGAUUGAAAGUGAAUUUGUUCUCAAAGCAUGGCGGGAGGAUCUGGUGAUGAAGAUGGUGACUCUCCGAAGAAAGCCAGAAAGACGCGAAGAAUCAAAACGCGUGAAAAGGACAGGAAAAUAUACACAGAUGAUUGGAAUUUGGCUGAAGAAGAAUUGGAAGGACAACGAUCGUUCGAUCUUGAUCAGAAAAUCGCCAGCGACAAUUUUCCACAAUGUUUUGUAAAGGAAAUGGAAGGAAAAGAUUUCGACCUAGCCUGGAUCCAGGUGAACGGGUUUUCCACACCGCUGGUCUUCCAUUCGAAAGAUCAUCUCGGCAUUAACGUUCCGCCCUCGAGCUUCACGAUAAACGACGUGCGCCUGGCUGUCGGCUCCAGGCGGAUGCUGGACGUCAUGGACGUGCGCACGCAGAAGAACAUGGAGAUGACGAUGAAGGAGUGGCAGCAGUACUUCGAGAACCCCGCCAAAGACCGGCUGCUGAACGUCAUCAGUCUGGAGUUCAGCCACACCAAGCUGGAGAGGCUGGUGGACGCGCCGACCGUGGUGCGGCAGAUCGACUGGGUGGACCGCGUCUGGCCGCGCCACCUCAAGGAGCUGCAGACAGAGUCCACCAACGUGCUGGACGACAUGAUGUACCCCAAGGUGCAGAAGUACUGCCUCAUGUCGGUCAACGGCUGCUACACCGACUUCCACAUCGACUUCGGGGGCACAUCGGUCUGGUACCAUGUUCUCAAGGGCGGCAAGGUCUUCUGGCUGAUCCCGCCCAGCGACCAGAACGUGCAGCUCUACGAAAACUGGGUGCUGUCCGGCAAACAGGGAGACGUCUUCUUCGGCGACACGGUGGAGCAGUGCGGCAGGAUCGAGCUCAAGCCCGGCGACACCUUCUUCAUCCCCACCGGCUGGAUCCAUGCUGUCUACACGCCCGCCGACUCGCUCGUGUUCGGCGGCAACUUCCUGCACAGCUUCGCCGUGGACAAGCAGCUGAAGAUCGCCAAAGUGGAGGAUGCAACUCGGGUGCAGCAGAAGUACCGCUACCCGUUCUUCACGGAGAUGCUGUGGUACGUGCUGGAGCGGUACGUGCACUGCCUGCUGGGCCGCUCGCACCUGGUGCUGGGCCUGGACGAGCUGUCCGAGCGGGCGCCGCCGCCGCCGCGGCCGGCCGCGCCGCACGUCCACCUCACGCCCUUCGAGCUGCACGGCCUCAAGGCGAUCGUGCUGUACCUGCAUGGCCAGCCGGCGUCGCGCAAGUGCGUGCCGGAGCUGAUCCGCGACCCGAUCGCGCUGAUCGGCGACGUGCGCCUGCUGGUGGAGCGGCACCGCUUCGACUGUCCCAAGCUGGCGGUCACCGGCCAGCCGGCGCUGCAGUGGCCUGACAACGGACAGGAGCUGCGCCUCAUGCUGCAGGGCUACGUCAAGACGGCCGAGGAGGAGCUGGACCCGGACGCCUCGCCGCGCAAGGGUCCGCGCGGCCCGCGCACGCCCGGCGCCGCCACGCCCCUCGCCAGGAGGGUACUCAAGGGCAAGAAGGGCGACCGUCGGCGGCGCGUGCGCUGCAAGGAGUGCGACGGCUGCACUCGAGACGAGUGCAGGGAGUGCGCCUGCUGCCGGGACAUGCCCAAGUUUGGCGGUCCGGGCAUCAUCAAGCAGUCCUGCAAGAUGCGGGUCUGCCAGAAGCGGCCUGAGAAGAGCACCCUGUACGAGUGCCGCAGCUGCUUCCGUAUCGCGCACAUCGCCUGCACCAUGCGCCAGCUGAGUACAGAGACCGAGGGCCGCGUGCUGCCGGGGCUGCCCAACUGCUGGAGCUGCCCCGAGUGUGUGGACCUGGGUCUGGAGGAGGCGCCGCCGCGGAAGCCGGGCCGGCCCCCGGGCCGUCCCAAGAAGGUGCGCCUGGACGAGCCGGUGGGCGUGCCGGCCUCGCAGGCCGUGCCCGACCAGGAGCGGCUCUGGCUGCCGCCUGGCCCGCUGCAGAACCGCGAGCUGCUAGUGGCCGUGUUCCGGUGGCUGGCGCCGGCCGACCUGGCCGCCUGCCUGCUGGUCUGCCGCGCCUGGAGCGCCGCCGCGCUCGACCGCCGCCUGUGGACGCGCCUGUCGGCCGGCCACCGGCGCCUGACGGAGCGCACGCUCGUGUCGGUGAUGCGCCGACAGCCAGCCGAGCUGGACCUGGCCUGGGCGCAGCUGGGCGCCGCGCAGCUCGGCUGGCUGGUUAGCCGGCUGGCGCAUCUGCGCCACCUCAGCCUGCAGGGCGUGCCGUUCGCGGCUGUGGCCGGCCUGCGCACACCCUGCUGUCCCCUGCUGCUCUCGCUCGACCUCUCGCACGUAGAGGGCCUCACGGACAGCCGGCUGCGCGAGCUGCUUGCGCCGCCGGCCGAGGCGCGGCCCGGCGCUACCGACGCCAGCAGCCGGCUACGCGCUCUGCGCCGCCUCUCCGUGGCCGGCACGGACGUCAGCGACGCCGGCUGUCGCUGCCUGGCGCAGCAGCUGCCGCGGCUGGCGCGGCUUGACCUCAGCGGCUGUGCGCGGCUCAGCAGCGCCGGCCUGGCGGCGCUGGUCGCCGCCGAUGCGCCGCUGCGCCGCACGCUGGCGUGGCUCGACAUCAGCGGCUGCCGCGGCGUGACCGAGGCGGCGCUGGCGCACCUGCGCCAGUGCGCCGCUCUGCGC